AUGGCGGCCGUCCAUGUCCUGGACGACUACUACCUCGCCAUCACCUUCCUCGUUACUGUCGCCUACCAGCUUUUCUUCUUCGCCAUCGCCUUCACUUUGAAAUUCGACAAGCUUACCGACUUCGCUGGGGGCACGAACUUCGUCCUCUUGGCCAUCCUCACUCUAUCAUUCAGCGAAAAUAGAGGCGAUGCGCGCAACAUCGUGGCGUCCGUCUUCAUCAUGGCGUGGGCGGCGCGACUCUCCGGUUUCUUGCUCUUCAGAAUCAUAAAGACUGGCAAGGAUGACCGCUUCGAUGACAAACGGGACAAAUUCUGGUCUUUCUUGGGAUUUUGGGUCUUCCAAAUGUUCUGGGUCUGGACAUGCUCCUUGCCCGUUACCAUUUUGAACUCGCCCAAAGUCACGCAAUUCAGGCAGCCUGGCUUCGGAACCGGAUGCGAUAUUGCAGGAAUCGUCUUGUUCGCCAUCGGAUUUAUCAUGGAGAGUGUUUCCGACGUGCAAAAGUACCGCUUCCGAAGCACACAUGGGAGCGACGGGGAGGUUUGCGACGUUGGGUUCUUUGCUUGGACGAGACAUCCAAAUUAUUUCGGAGAGAUCCUGGUCCAAUUCUCUAUCUUCAUGAUCGCUGUGUCACCAGCAGCAAACGGCUACGUGCACGGCGGCCCAUACUCGGCACUCUACGCAUCGAUAUUAGGACCCAUCUUCUUGACGAGUCUCCUGAUGUUUCUCUCUGGCCUACCUCUACAGGAGCGCCCUGGAGCAAAGAAACGAUACGAGAAGGGUAUCAAGUGGCCCGAAUACGAGCGCUACCUCCGCCGGACCAGCAUACUCGUCCCCUUCCCACCACAGUUGUAUGAAAAGAUGCCGGUGAUCUUGAAACGAACGAUAUUUUUGGAGUUCCCAAUGUAUGUAUUCGACCCCGCAAAACAUGCAGAUCAGAGCAAGGUGCAGGCGAAUAGCGCGGAGGAAGGAAGGGUCAGACCCAGUGACGAGCAAGGUCUUCGUUCUUGA